GAAGUUGCAGUGUCUUGCAUGCCCGACGCUGCCUUUGGGACAGGAUGUGCUACAUGCUAGCAUAAUGUAUAAUGUACUGUAACCUACCCUGCAAAUGUAAUAAACUUUGCGUAAAAGAUGUAGAUACGGAGAUACAGACACAGAUGUAAUUGGUCGCUCGUUCAACAAGGCAUUUUAUCCCAACUGAAAUCAGAUGCACCAUGGCGAAGCAUUUCCAUCUGAACACACCGCUGCUGGAGAGCAUCAGCAUGUCCAAACGCGUGGGAACCACCGUGUACUUGAAGAUGGAGAAUUCACAACCCUCUGGCUCCUUCAAGAUCCGUGGCAUUGGACACCUCUGCCAGCAGCUCGCCAGACAGUCCAGAGGAGUUGUCUGCUCUUCAGGUGGUAAUGCGGGUAUGGCUGCAGCCUACGUAGCCAGAAAAAUGGGUUUGCCAGCCACCAUCGUUGUUCCCUCCUCCUCUCCUCAGCUGGUCGUUCAGAGACUCCAGGAUCAGGGUGCUACUGUCAAGAUUACAGGCAAGGUUUGGGAUGAUGCCAAUGCAGAAGCUCUUAGAAUGGCAGAAACGGAAGGACUCACUUAUGUUCCUCCGUUUGACCAUCCCCUCCUGUGGCAGGGCCACGCCAGUUUGAUCAUGGAGGUGGCAGCCUCUCUGGGCCCUGAUGUGAAGCCUGGUGCUGUGCUGGUGUCUGUGGGCGGAGGGGGCCUCCUCUGUGGGGUCAUUCAGGGCCUGAAGGAUGUAGGCUGGACGGACGUGCCCAUCAUCGCCAUGGAGACGGUGGGGGCCGACUGUUUCAACGCUGCGAUUAAGGCGGGGAGGGUGGUCACUCUGGAUGACAUCACUAGUGAGGCUAAAUGUCUCGGAGCAAAGACGGUUUGCAAGAAAGCGUUUGAGUACAGUCAAAGCGGCGAGCUUACGAUCAUAUCUGAGCUCGUGACUGACCAGCAGGCUCUGCAGGCUGUCGAGACGUUUCUGGACGAGGAGCGUGUGUUGGUGGAGAUGGCAUGUGGAGCAGCGUUAGCGCCUGUCUAUACCGGACUUAUACACCAACUACAGAAUGAAGGUAGGCUGCCUACACUGUUGGGCCCCCUGGUGGUGAUCGUGUGCGGUGGCAGCAGCGUGGACAUGAAGCAGCUGGCCAACCUCAAACACAAACUGCAGACAUAAAGUACUCGUAAAGUAAAUGUAAAUGUGUUUCUUUGUGAUUGGGGAUAAAGAUGAAUUUCUACAAGAACUAAAGACGUGUAUCAUCCAGUUUAGAAACAAAUGAGUUUGAAUUGCUGGUAAUUUGUGAAUUAGUGCUUCUAAUAUUGCAGUGGAAUUUUUAAGUCACAUAAAAUAUAAAAACGCUAUGAAGUUAAUAUCCAUUAUAAAUAAUUGAGUGAGUCAUUACAUGUGAAUAUGUUAAAAUCAGGCUCAGCUCACUAUAAACAGUCAGAAUUCACAUACCAGGUUUCUCCACAUGGUGGUGUCACAGUUCACUGUUCACAAAUACACCAGCCAUCUGCAGAGUCACAGUCAGAUCCACAAAACGUAAUCAUCAAUAUCAAUCAGCCACGCUCAUUUGCUAAAAAUUAGUUUUCCUCAUAGAUUUUACAUGAAUUUGAGGACACUACAUCCAAGUAUUUGUGUAUUUGAGUCCUCUCUUUUGUAGAUACAUUUGCAGUCUUAGAUUGUUUUUUCCAGUGCAGUCUUUUUAAAUUUAGUAGUCCAGUCAAUUUGAGUUAUAUGUGGGAGGUUAUUACCAUGGAAACAGCUCCUCACUGUCCUGCCUGCGUCAGAGAAGUCAGUGGAAAAGUGUUGCAUUUAACAACCUGUUGAUAGUCUUUGCCUUCUUCACUCCAAGAUGGUUGCAUAAGAUAUUAGGUUCACAAAGAGUACAAGCAGAAAAUGGACAUUGUAACAUUGCAAUCACUUUCAGGCUCACUUGAUGUAGUUUUAAAAUAAAAUAAAAUGGAGUAAAAAUGGCAGGUCUGACAGUGCAGACUUUACAGACAAUGCAGCCUGUUUACAUAUCUGAAAUAAUAAUGUAGUUUCUGGUAUUUGUCAGUUUGAAUUUUUAGCUCAAAGUCUGCAUAAUAGAUUUCUUCUAGAUGUGUCCUUCAUCAAAUGGAGUCUGCUCAGCAACAGAGACAAUUUGGUUAUAAGUUAAAAUAUGGUAAAUAUGGAACUUUGGUCGUCAGAUAACACAAUGACUGUGUGAGGAGUAAAAAUUAAUAAAGUAAGUAAUAACAUGAAAACAAUUAUUUAAAUAAAAACUAGAACUAGAGACAAUUCAAGCAACAGAUGGAAUAGGAGGUGGUUGUUUUGACAAACCACUCUUGCGUGAAGCAUUGAAGUAUUUCCACCUAUGUGUCACUUCUGCUGUAUACUGGAGUAAUCAGUCAGUCAGUCAGUCAGUCAGUCAGUCAGUCAGUCAGUCCCUCAGUCAGGGCUGACUGAGGGACUCCCAGAAUGGAUGGAAACAUUGGUAUUAUGCGUUUUUUCUUUUAGGCACAAGCUUUUUACAAGAUGGACAUCUUAUAUUGCAUUCUGCUGGACAGAUCACUUGUUUAUGCAGAAAAGCACACAACUGGAUUUCAAAGAGCUUAAAAUCAAUUAUCACUGUCUUAUUCUAACUUCCAGUAACAAUAGGUUAAUAAAGAGACAGAUAUGUUGAGGAUUUCUCUAAUCCCUGUGCUUAUUUGGAGUGAAUAAGUUUAACGGAAGUGAGGUUAUAUAAGUCAGUGUUUUGCAAAUUAUGAAACCCCUCUCGUUCAUUCAUGUGUGGCUGAAAACACAUAAUGCCUGCUCCUCUGAAUAACCAGUUUUCCAGGCAGCACCACAGCUGCAGUAGGCUGACUGAAGACUGUAAUUCCCAGGAUGCCUGUUGGUGUUCACACUAAAGUGUCUUACAUGGAGUGAACAGGACUGUGUCAUACAUUCCUACUCUCUCAUGUCAGAGUCCAUUCAGAAGGAAACUCUCAUGUGAAUGGACUGAGUGGGGAAAUAGCAGGUGUUUUUUUUUUUUCAAUGGGCUAGCAGUCAUCUGAUUACCUGUACAGAUGGGUGAUUUUUACAAGAUGACAAGUUCUAUUUUAGGCCCAUGCUUGAUUAAAUAACAGCCGGAGUAAAUAAUCUAUGUGUUCAGAUGAACCUGCCUGACCCACAGCUGUGCUCCCUCCUCUGGCGAGUGUGAUUUGGGCAGCCUGCGGACGGAGAGGCUAAUGGAUGUGCCAGCUCAUUUCUAUGACAACAGGAAGGAGCUGCUUUGAUGAGCCCAGCAGAGGGCAUUUGAGCUGCAGCUAAAAAUAGGACAAAGUAAACAAGAAUGAAUGGCAAAGAGACACACAGUGCAGCUCUGUGUUUAUGUGUGUAUGUAUCGAUGAACAUGUGCACAUUUUGCAAUCUUUUUCUGAAACACCUGUGUCGUCUGUCUCCUUUUUGGUGUCCAUACACUAUUGGAAAACACCAGGUUGAUGCCCCCCCCGUCGUGAAGUUUUUUAACACAUUUUCAGCUAACUUAACUUAUUCCACUCUGCACAUGGUGCACCACAUCUAGAUAAAAGUAUUUUUCCAGUAUUUUUUCCAAAAGCCGUUUCCUAAUCCAUCUGGACAAACACACUGUAGGUGAAACCCUAUUUGUGCUUGCACAUCAAGAACCAAAAUCAAAUCAAUUUAGUUGACAUUUUUACAUUCAAUUGAUAUUUUCUGUAAAAAUAAAAUUAUAUAUAUAUAUAUAAGUUUAUUACAGUGCAAUGGUGACAGUGACAGAAUAAAGACUGCAAUUUAAGAAAACAAAUGUAAAUAGAAAAUACACAGGCAAAUGAAAAAAACAUCCAGUCCAUUUUUCCCUUUAAUGCAGGUGAAAAUGAUUUACAUGAAAGAAUCUGAAAGGGGAAAAAAAUCACACUUACAGACAUGUAACCUUUAACAAUAAGUCACAAAGAAAUAUUGCUUCAAAACUGUGGAGAAAACUUUGCUUUUGUCCACAAUCGAAUUGCUGUUUUGUGCUGAAUGAUUUGCCUGCUUGGAUGAGCAAAUGAGAAAUAAAAGAUACCUCAGAAUGUUGACUUGAAAGAUGAGAUGGGUGUCAGUAAUCAGUAGAGACUUGUUGAAAUCUGAACCUCAUUAUGCUGGGAAAUCUCAGAGUUUGAAGCACAAUAAGUGCACAAAUAUUAAAUAUCAUUUUACUGCACUCAGCCAUCCCUCUCUUCUGUUUGGCAGUUUUCGUGUAUAGAUAAUACAAUUUAAACUGCAUGACAGGUUACAUUACAAAGCCCUUUUCAAAUAUGCAAUUGAUAUGUGUAUGUAUCUCUUGUU